AUGUCUAAAUACCCUUACUGGAAAGAUAUUCACCUGUCUAUAAUUACAAAUCAGUUAGCAGAUUCAAAGAGUUUCUUGGCGCUUGUGCUUUCAAGUCUCUUGGUAUUCAAGUAUCCAGAAUCAUCGGUUCCAAAGGCAUCCAUGACAAUGCAUUUAUCUCUUGCGUUUAGUUAG